AGGGGAGCCGUUGCAGAGUUUCGAUUCUACCACUGCUAUUGUAAAUAGGCAAAAUUUGUCUACGCAAUGGCUGCCAGAGCUGCUGUAAAAUUCGCCCCUCAGCUGAGGGAACUGAGAAUUCAUCUUUGCCAGAGAUCUGCUGCCAGCCAGGGAGUCCGGGAAUUCAUCGAGCAGAGUUAUGUUAGUUUGAAGCAAGCUAACCCAAAAUCUCCAAUUCUUAUCAGAGAAUGCUCUGGUGUACAACCUAAGAUUUGGGCUAGAUAUGAUAUGGGACAGGAGACCUGUGUGUCAGUUGCAGGUCAGUCAGCUAGUGAAGUUGCAAGUGCUGUUGAAAAAUUAGUUACAUAAGUAUUCAUGUAAUGUUUUGUGUACAGUAUGUAUAAAGUAGGUAACCUUUGA